UGUUUAGGUUUGAAAUUACAAAAUCUACAAUUUGACAUUAAGAAAAAGUCUUUGCCCUACAAAGUAUGGGACAAGAAGGGGAUCUGAAGGCUUUAUUCGAUAGCUCUUUCCCUUAAUAAAACAUCUAAGCCUUUAAAUGAAGAUUCUGUCCAGAUUCUAAAUCAUGUUUUGUUGUCUUAAGGUCUUAUCUCAUCCUAUGAAAAUCGGAGCUCGCAUAGAGAUCGUGUCUAGUUAUCAAAACUGUGUAAAUGAGUUUUCCACCUUUCCUAGCUUAGCACUAAAAAAAAACACAACACGUCCAAAGUAUCAGCGGAGAAUUCAUUACACAUGAAUGUUGGUAUUUCAGAAUAAUCACAAUUUAAUAUACUUGAAUUGAUCAGGUGAUUGGUGAAAUUUUUAGUCUUUUUAUCAGAAUACCAUACCCUUAUAGUUAUUUUUGGGGAGAAUUUUAUUCCUACUCAUAUUUUACAUUAUUAGUUACUUAAUGCAACGAUCGAGAGAAUACAAAAAGUAUUAAACUAUCAUAAAUAUUUCCAAAAAUUGAAAAAAAAAAAAAAAAAAAGACAAAUGUUCCACAACUUAGUAAGGAGUACGUAAAGGUGAGUUUAUACAAUAAUUCUAAAUUUAACAGAAUGAUCCCAAUUAUCUUAUAUCAUUAUAAGCACUGAAGCAUGAUUAAUUUUCAUAUUCAUUUAACAUGUAGGUAUAAAACUAACAUUUAUUUAUUCAUUUCUAAAUUUUAGAAUAUUCUCUUACUUUGCAACAAUUUGUUCACAAAAUGUGAUUAAUCAGUAAUAGCAAAAAAUACCCCAAAGCAAAAAAUACCAACUUUAAAUACAGUUUCACAGAUAAAAUGUUUAAUUAAAACAAUUACAAAGAUUUUAUUAAUCCUUUUAUUUGAAUGAUUUUGUCCUUGCAUGAUCCGCUUUUUUGAUGGACUUGAUUUAUUUUAUUAAUUUCAUUGGUAUUUUAAAAUAAAUAUUUUGCAUUUUUCAUAACGUUUAUAGAAACUGUACACAGAACUUCCAUACAAUUAAGUGUUAUUUUAAACAAAAUUCAAUACGAUUUCAUCGAUUUUAUCGAUUGUGUCGAUUUCAAAUUAAUUUGGCACAAAGCAUUCUUUAGGAAAUGGCUUUAAAGUUUGUUCAAACAAUGGUCAAUGUCCUCUUAAAAGAAGAGAUAAUUUGGAAAAAGUGAAAAUACUUGCUCUUCUAAACACGAACCUUCAACAAUUAAUACAACGUAUGUACAUUUGAAUGAAAACAAAUUUUCCACCAAUAAAGGUACACUUGAAUUGACAUGAGUUUUGUUUUUGUUUUUUUUUUUUGCAGGGUGAGUCUUAAUUUUACUUAGAGUGUUAAAGAGUUGGUGCAAAUAUUAAAAAAGAGAAUUAAGGAUACAAAAGUUAAAGACCAAAAAAGAAAAAAAAAGAAGACGAAAGAACAUCAUUGGAAAGAAAUGAUAAAAGUUUGAAAGGUCAAAAACUACUUGACAAAAAGAGAAAAACUGUCUUCAAUGGAGAAAAAAGAAAAGAGACAUGUUAAAAGAAAAUCAAAAGUUAAAGAAAUUUCUUACGAAAUAAUAAAUGAAGACACUGAAGAUGUCAAAUUACCAGAAAAGAAAAGACAAAAGAAAGAAAAAAAGACAUCAUUUGAAGUAACUGAUGAAGAAAAACCAGGCUGUUCCCAUCAACUGGAGAGAGGGUAUCAUGUGAAGAGAAGUACAGAACCUAGCAUCGUUAUUUUGGAUCUGGAGACUACAGGCUUGAUUUGUGGAGGAAUAAUUCCUCAUAUAACACAAAUUGCGGCCAUGGAAUACAGUUCGAAGAAACGGUUUUCAAAAUAUAUUUGUCCAGAACUUUCGAUUUCACCUCAUGCAGAGAUGCUGACAGGUAUAAGUUGGAAUGGCGAAACACUCCUAUACAGAGGUAAACCUGUUGAAUGUGUGGGGAUAAAGACCGCACUCAACGAUUUUACGACCUGGUUGCAGAAAUUUCAUGAUGUCACGAUAGUUGCACACAAUGGCCGGCGCUUUGAUUUCCAAGUCUUGUCUACAGCUGUUCAUAAUUGUAGGCUAUCAGAUAUAUUUAACUCUUCGCUCACGGGAUUCUGUGAUUCGCUCGAUAUUUUUCGAUAUAAAUACCCUCAGCUUAAAAAACACACUCAAGCAUAUCUGGCAGACCAUUUUGGUGCAGGGUCAUACAAUGCUCACAAUGCAGUGGACGACGUUGAAACAUUAAACAGAAUCUUAAGAAAUGCUUGUGUUACGAUCAGUGACUUAAUAAAACACUCCGACGAGUGUUGGGAAAAUAAAGGCAUGUAACUAUACAGAAGAUCAAAAGAGUUUAUAAGAACAUUCAAUGUUUUGAUAAUGCAUACCCGGAUUUGUUUAUCCUCCUAAAUUGCAUUACAUGUUUAUAAUUUUUGUUGCAGAUAUAUAUGCAGUCAUUUGUUGUAACACGAUAAAAUUAUUGUGAUGACUUAAUUUCGCCUAUCUUAAAAUUAAUAUUUCAUUCAAUUAGUUUUUUUUCAUAUGCAGAUAUGUAAUACUUACAUAUAUUGUAGCCUUGUUAUCUCUCUUUUUACAUAUUCAAUUUUUAUAUCAUAAAAUAAGUUAUGGUCGACUGAUACCAAAAUUUCUUUGUUCUAUUGUGUCUCUGAUUAAGCGUUUUCUUCUUCUCCUACUAUAUCCUAAUGAGUUUUACAACAAAAAUGUAUAGUUAUGAAAUUCUCUUAUGACAAAAAAACUACUUAAAAUCACACAUCGUUGAUGUGCUGAAAAGGUCGUGCUCUAUAACCUAAUUAAAAAAAUUUGCAUAAAAUUAUAGGACUUAAAAAAACGAGGAAAAGUCAUUGUGAUAGAUGAGAUCUGUUUUAUUAAAAAAUAAUAAUAACAAACCACUCUUUAAAUAUUGCAUACAAAAUCUUCACUCCGUUGUAUUGUAAAUAUUUUUAUUGUAUUUGAGGUUGUCUUGCUUUUAAUCGUAAUUGGUCACAUUAACUUAUUUCUUUUAUGGUAGUGUUAAUGAUGCAGUAGAAUUACAUAUGCAGAUAUAAAAUUUCACAUUUUUUGAAAAUAAAAUCAUUGAAAAUACUUUUAGUUUGUAAAUUGGUAAAGCGAGUUUGUUUAAAAUGUUUUGUUCAUGAAGUUAUCUUUGAAUGUUCUAUGACGGUAGAGUUUUUGUAUUGCAGUUGUUAAUGAAAUACCGUACAUACAAUAUACCACCUGGAUACCAGAAAUUGCUUUUCAUCUAAAAAUUUAUGUUUUUUUCUAAUGAUAAAAUUUUACAUAACAUCCUAAUGAAUAUAUAUUGCAAUUUGAAAACGUUAUCAAUACUGAUUUAAGUUCAAGAACAAAACAAAUUCAUGUUUGUUGGAAAAUGUAUACCGAUUAACUAUUGUCACAGGUUGUUUUUGAACAUAAAAGCAUCUACUUUUAUAAAUGCACGAUCAAUUAAGCAACAACAUUUUCUUCUUUCCAAAAUGGUAUUUUUCCCCCGGACUCAAUGAUUUUUUUUGUGCUUUCUUUUCAAUAAUAGGCAGGUAUUAACAAUCAGGUGGCAGGACUAUUCUCGCGAAAGUUUUGCCAAGGUUUUAGCUUGAAUUGGAUAUUUUAGGUGUAGUCGAAAUGUGGUUUGAAGUAA